CGAGUUGACAGCCAAUUUCUUCGAAUGCGUCGCGUAUCUGUGUCGCCACCAGCCGUGCCCAGAAUUCCAAGCCCGUCGGUUGUCCACAAGACAGUUUCGCGGCAAACCCGUGUUUUGCAGGAAAACGGAAGAAGUGCCAAAGCCGAGGAGCCGGCGAAACGCGCGUUACUUUCUCUCACACUCCAAGUGGUGUCCAGUGUGUACGGAAUCCCAGCGGUCGGCAGUGUUUCUGGUUUGGGGUAGUUCGUCCUCCCGGUCGAGUGACGUGUGUUCUUCGAGUGGUUUUACGCGACGAUCGGAUAGAGUCCAGCCUCGCAGAUUUAUUUUAUAAGGAUUUAUCGAACGAACUUUGACUACCACACCAACAAAGCACACAUUACCACCCUUCUAAAAAAGCGUAAAAUAAAAACGAAAUCGUCACGAUGAUGAUGGAGAACGGAAUCUCCAUGGAGUACACGGAUGGAUAUAUGGAGCAGGAGGAAGAAUGGGAGCGGGAAGGACUCCUAGAUCCUGCCUGGGAGAAGCAACAGAAAAAGACAUUCACCGCAUGGUGUAACAGUCAUCUACGCAAAGCCGGAACCUCCAUUGAUAAUAUCGAAGAUGACUUUCGCAAUGGUUUAAAAUUGAUGUUGCUUCUUGAAGUUAUAUCCGGUGAAACACUCCCAAAACCAGAUCGUGGCAAAAUGCGUUUCCAUAAAAUUGCCAAUGUUAAUAAAGCACUUGAUUUUAUUGCAUCGAAAGGUGUUAAAUUGGUUUCGAUCGGUGCAGAAGAAAUUGUUGAUGGCAAUUUGAAGAUGACAUUGGGUAUGAUCUGGACGAUUAUUUUACGUUUUGCUAUCCAAGACAUCUCUGUUGAAGAAAUGACCGCUAAGGAAGGUUUGCUGUUAUGGUGUCAACGUAAGACUGCACCAUAUAAGAACGUUAACGUUCAAAAUUUCCAUCUAUCGUUCAAGGAUGGUCUUGCUUUCUGCGCUUUGAUCCAUCGUCACAGACCAGACUUGAUCGAUUACGCUAAACUCUCCAAGGAUAAUCCAUUGGAAAAUUUGAACACAGCGUUUGAUGUUGCUGAGAAAUAUUUGGAUAUUCCUCGCAUGUUGGAUCCAGAUGAUUUGAUCAACACACCGAAGCCGGACGAGAGAGCAAUCAUGACAUACGUAUCGUGCUACUAUCAUGCGUUCCAAGGAGCCCAACAGGUUGAUAAGACGCAUGUUCCCGAACCCACACGAGCCUACACCUACUACAAUUAUGAUGCUGAGACUGCUGCCAACCGCAUCUGCAAAGUCCUUAAAGUCAACCAAGAAAAUGAGCGACUUAUGGAAGAGUAUGAACGCUUGGCAAGCGAUCUCUUGGAAUGGAUUCGCCGUACAAUGCCGUGGUUGAAUUCCCGCCAAGCCGAUAACUCAUUGGCCGGUGUCCAGAAGAAACUCGAAGAAUAUCGCACAUAUCGUCGCAAGCAUAAGCCACCACGUGUUGAACAAAAAGCCAAGCUCGAGACGAAUUUCAAUACUCUUCAAACGAAAUUGCGUCUUUCCAAUCGUCCGGCAUAUAUGCCAACCGAAGGUAAAAUGGUGGGUGAUAUUGCGAACGCAUGGAAGGGCUUGGAAUUGGCCGAAAAGGCAUUCGAGGAGUGGCUUUUGGCCGAAACUAUGCGCCUGGAACGUCUUGAACAUUUGGCUCAGAAAUUCAAGCACAAGGCCGAUACACACGAAGAUUGGACUCGUGGCAAAGAAGAAAUGCUUCAAUCACAGGACUUCCGUCAAUGUAAGUUGAACGAAUUGAAGGCAUUGAAGAAGAAGCACGAGGCCUUCGAAUCUGAUUUGGCUGCCCACCAAGAUCGCGUUGAACAAAUCGCUGCCAUUGCUCAAGAGCUCAACACCCUUGAAUAUCACGAUUGUAUCUCGGUUAAUGCUCGCUGCCAACGCAUUUGCGACCAAUGGGAUCGUCUUGGUGCCCUCACCCAGCGUCGUCGUCAAGCUUUGGAUGAUGCCGAACGUAUUCUUGAAAAGAUCGACAUCCUUCACUUGGAAUUCGCCAAGCGUGCCGCUCCAUUCAAUAACUGGUUGGAUGGAACACGUGAAGAUCUUGUCGAUAUGUUCAUUGUUCACACGAUGGAAGAAAUCCAAGGUUUGAUUCAAGCUCACGACCAAUUCAAGGCGACAUUAGGAGAAGCCGAUAAGGAAUUCAACCUGAUUGUUGGACUUGUCCGUGAAGUUGAAUCAAUUGUUAAGCAACAUCAAAUCCCUGGUGGUCUAGAGAAUCCCUACACAACGCUUACUGCUAACGAUUUGACUCGUAAAUGGGGAGACGUACGUCAACUGGUACCACAACGUGACCAGACAUUGGCCAAUGAAUUGCGUAAACAACAAAACAAUGAAAUGUUACGUCGUCAAUUCGCCGAUAAGGCCAACACAGUCGGUCCAUGGAUCGAACGUCAAAUGGAUGCUGUUACUGCAAUUGGUAUGGGAUUACAGGGAUCACUUGAGGAUCAAUUGCAUCGUUUGAAGGAAUACGAACAGGCCGUCUACGCCUACAAACCACACAUUGAGGAAUUGGAAAAGAUCCAUCAAGCCGUUCAAGAAUCGAUGAUCUUUGAGAAUCGUUACACCAAUUACACCAUGGAAACCCUCCGAGUUGGCUGGGAACAACUUCUCACCUCGAUCAAUCGUAAUAUCAACGAAGUCGAAAACCAGAUUUUGACCCGCGACUCGAAAGGAAUCACACAAGAUCAAUUGAAUGAAUUCCGCUCUAGCUUCAAUCACUUCGAUAAGAACCGCACGGGACGAUUGACACCGGAAGAAUUCAAAUCUUGUCUAGUGUCAUUGGGCUAUUCGAUCGGAAAGGACCGUCAAGGUGAAAUGGACUUCCAGAGAAUCUUAGUUGUGGUUGAUCCUAACUCAACUGGCUACGUACACUUUGAUGCAUUCUUAGACUUCAUGACCCGCGAGAGCACCGACACUGACACAGCCGAGCAAGUUAUAGAUUCAUUCAGGAUUUUGGCUUCAGAUAAGCCUUAUAUUCUUCCCGAUGAAUUGCGUCGUGAAUUGCCCCCAGACCAGGCUGAAUACUGUAUCCAAAGGAUGCCACCAUACAAAGGACCAAAUGCCGUGCCCGGUGCCCUCGAUUACAUGUCAUUUAGUACAGCCCUGUAUGGUGAAACUGACUUGUAAAAUGAGACACCUUUGACAUAAAAAAAACUACUGUGUAAAAUAAAACUUAAAUCAAAAAAGUAAUUUAUCCUAAAAACAUGAAAUAAAAACUAUAAAAUAUUAUUAAAAACGAAGAAACUUUUAAUAUAUAAAUUAUACAUUAACGUAAUGCAUAUUAUGUUGAAUCAAACACAUGAAGGAGCGCUGCCGCGUUCCAGAAUUUUAAAGGAUACACUUUCGAAAAUGGAAACAAACGCCAAAACAUUUUAAUAUGAACGACGAAAAGAAGGAGAAGAAAAUAUGUUGCAACUAAAGAAUUUAUUUAUUUUAUAUUAGUUUAAAGAUGAAAGCAAUGUACACAGAGA